GACCGAUAGUGACAUCUGCUGGACAGACGCCGCUACUAGCCUACUUUAUGAUGCACUAGUGCAGUCGCUUUAAUAUUCCACUAGGCUGUUACCUAUUAAUAGAUCAUAUGACCACAUUUUCCCUGUAGAGAUCCAAGGAGCCCAUUUUAUAGAGCUCGCUGCCUGUCACCAAGACGUGUUUUGAUGAUGGUGACAUUGUGAUAGGUCGUCUCGAAGGGUGGAGAGAAGGUGCGCAGACAGACGUAACUUCCCAUCGACAUCGUGCUCUGAUCACUGCAUUGAAUGAUUAUGAGUAGCAGCAGACUUUAUUUACGACUGCAAUCAUGUCGUUUUUAUUCCGGUGGUAUGAGGGCGACGUAUCACCGGACCCUGGACAGGAUCGAGUUAAUGCUGCCGCCUAAAUUAAGACCCAUCUACAAUCAUCCUGCUGGGCCAAAGACGGUUUUCUUCUGGGCACCUGUUUUUAAAUGGGGUUUGGUUGUGGCUGGAUUUUCUGAUAUGACCCGGCCACCAGAAAAGCUCAGUCUCUCUCAGUCCUGCGUCAUUACAGCCACAGGAUUAAUUUGGUCAAGGUACUGCUUGGUGAUCAUUCCCAAGAACUGGGCUCUGUUUGCUGUUAACUUCUUCCUGGGCAUAUGUGGAAGCGUCCAGCUCAUAAGAAUAUGGAGGUACAACCAACAGCUAAAGGAGAAAGGAGAGGAAGUGCAGCAGACUUGAAUUGCCAUUUAAUCUGACAGAAGUGGAGCGGUGAACAAGUUUUGCUGUUUUUUUAGUUAACGUACUGUCAAAGCAAUGAAUCAGCAUUUUGCACACAUAAUGUUAUAUAGAUCAAACAUAUCUGUGUAAAAUAGAAAAAAAAUGUCAAUCAUAUUAUUUAAAAUGUUAUCACGUAAAAUUGUGAUAUGAUGAUUGUAAUUCUGGUGUUCUUGAUUGUAUACUGUACUUUAUUGUUAUCCAUUUCUAUCAAUUUAUCAGUUUUAAAGGGGUCAUAUCGUAAUAAUAAUAAUUAUAAUAUGUUACUGGAGUUGUGCCUAUAAUAUUAAUGUUUUUUUGUUUUGUUUUUUCUUGUUUUGUGCCAAAACAAUCACAAUUUAGUUUUUUUUAAGACUUAACCUAAAAAUUACUCUGUUGUAUUCCUCAUUGUUAGGUCGCUUUGGAUAAAAGUGCCUGCUAAUUGAAUAAAUGUAAAUGUGUGAUACAAACUGCUAAGAUCAAAUUGAAAUGUCCAGGGAUAUUGUUAAAAAUAAGAACGCAGUGUUUUGUGUUUUUCCAGUACUUAAAGUUUUUUUUUUUCUCAAAAGAUUAAGGGUAAUUUGAUUCCUCGUGAUGUGACCCCUUUAAAAUAAAAAAACUAAUGGUCAUAUGACAAAAACUAACAUCCUGCAUGAAUGCACUGUAUGACAAAUUGUUGUCUGUUUUGCAUUAGAGAGCUCAGAUGAAAACAGGAAGUGGUUAAAAGGUAUUACCAGAUCAGACACAGACUUUGCUCUUUCACAUGUACAGAACAGACACACAAUGAUAGACAUGAUGUUUUAAAGUGUUUUUGUUUGUAGCACUUUAUUGCACAUAAUGGUAAUAUCUCUGUCUAUUUGUGCAUUUAUUAAAUCAAAGCUGAAAUUACAUUGAA